CAUUGUACUUCAGAAGUGACUCUUGUUGCUUAUACCGUGCAGUUUCUACAGUCUGUUUACUGUUUUGCUGUACCUACUUGGUUUUGGAAGUAAACCAAAUGGGGAAUUACAAAUCGAGACCAACCCAGACCUGCACAGAUGAAUGGAAGAAGAAGGUGACAGAGUCCUAUUCAGUAAUAAUUGAAAGACUAGAGGAUGACCUGCAAAUCAAAGAGAGCGAGUUGAUGGAGCUAAAGCAUGUCUUUAGCUCAGAUGAAGCCUUUAGUAAAGUCAACCUUAAUUAUCGGACAGAAAAUGGCCUUUCUCUUCUUCACCUCUGCUGCAUUUGUGGGGGAAACAAAGCUCACAUAAGAACACUAAUGCUGAAAGGACUGCGGCCAUCGAGGCUGACAAGAAACGGAUUCACUGCUCUACACUUGGCUGCUUACAAGGCCAAUGCAGAGCUGGUGACUGCAUUGCUUCAUGGAGGAGCUGACAUCCAGCAGGUUGGCUAUGGAGCACUCACAGCCCUGCACAUUGCGACAGUGGCAGGCCACCAUGAGGCUGUUGACAUCCUCUUACAGCAUGGAGCCUAUGUGAAUGUCCAGGAUGCUGUGUUUUUCACUCCUCUACAUAUUGCGGCUUAUUAUGGCCAUGAGCAGGUCACCAAGCUGCUUUUAAAGUUUGGUGCAGACGUGAAUGUUAGUGGAGAGGUGGGAGAUCGACCCCUUCAUCUUGCUGCUGCCAAGGGAUUUCUUACAAUUGUCAAACUGCUGAUGGAGGAGGGCACCAAAACUGAUGUAAAUGCACAAGACAACGAAGACCAUGUUCCUCUUCACUUCUGUGCAAGGUUUGGCCAUCACGAAAUUGUGAGAUUCUUGCUGCAGGGCAACUUUGAUGUCCAUCCUCACGCUGUGAACAUAUAUGGGGACACACCGCUGCACCUGGCAUGCUACAAUGGCAAGUUCGAUGUGGUCAAAGAGAUUGUUCACUUGGCUGGGAUGGAGAGCCUGACUAAGGAGAACAUUUUCAGCGAGACCGCCUUUCACAGUGCCUGUACUUAUGGAAAGAACAUUGAAAUGGUGAAAUUUCUUCUCAGUCAGAAUGCAAUAAUUAUCAAUCACCAGGGAAGAGAUGGCCACACUGGGCUGCAUAGCUCCUGUUUUCAUGGACACAUCCGUCUGGUGCAGUUCUUAUUGGACAAUGGAGCAGAUAUGAACCUGGUUGCCUGUGACCCAAGCAGAUCAAGUGGAGAAAAGGAUGAGCAAACAUGCCUAAUGUGGGCAUAUGAAAAAGGCCAUGAUGCUAUUGUCACAUUGCUGAAGCACUACAAGAGACCUCAAGAUGAGUCUCCUUGUAAUGAAUAUUCUCAGCCUGGAGGAGAUGGGUCUUAUGUUUCUGUCCCGUCCCCACUUGGAAGAAUAAAGAGCAUGACAAAAGAAAAAGCCGAAGUCCUCCUCCUGCGCGCCAGCCUCCCAUCUCAUUUCCACCUCCAGCUGUCAGAACUUGAGUUCCAUGAAAUUAUUGGAUCAGGAUCAUUUGGAAAGGUUUACAAAGGGCGAUGCCGAAAUAAAAUUGUAGCAAUUAAACGAUACCGGGCCAACACGUAUUGCUCCAAGUCUGAUGUGGAUAUGUUUUGUCGGGAGGUCUCUAUUCUCUGUCAGCUCAACCACCCUUGUGUUAUCCAGUUUGUUGGUGCAUGUUUGGAUGAUCCAAGCCAGUUUGCUAUAGUUACCCAGUAUGUCUCGGGGGGAUCUCUGUUUUCCUUGCUUCAUGAACAGAAAAGAAUUAUUGACCUCCAGUCUAAGCUGAUCAUUGCUAUAGAUGUAGCCAAAGGAAUGGAAUACCUGCACAACCUUACUCAACCAAUCAUUCAUAGAGAUCUUAACAGCCAUAAUAUUUUGCUGUAUGAAGAUGGGCAUGCUGUGGUUGCUGAUUUUGGAGAAUCCAGAUUCCUUCUGUCUAUGGAUGAGGACAACAUGACGAAACAGCCAGGGAACCUGCGAUGGAUGGCCCCAGAGGUUUUCACACAGUGCACCCGCUACACUGUUAAAGCUGAUAUGUUCAGUUACGCCCUUUGUCUCUGGGAGCUGUUAACGGGAGAAAUUCCAUUUGCACACCUGAAACCAGCAGCAGCAGCAGCAGACAUGGCCUACCACCACAUCAGACCCCCGAUUGGAUACUCCAUACCCAAACCAAUCUCAUCUCUUCUUAUGAGAGGAUGGAACGUCUGUCCUGAGGAAAGGCCUGAAUUUUCUGAAGUGGUUGCUAAACUUGAUGAAUGUCUAUGCAACAUUGAAUUAAUGUCACCUGCCUCCAGCAACAGUAGUGGCUCUCUGUCACCUUCAUCUUCCACAGACUGUCUUGUGGCACGCGGUGGGCCGGGGCGUAGCCACGUUGCUGCCCUGCGUUCCCGAUUUGAGCUUGAAUAUGCGCUUAAUGCCAGAGCAUAUGCUGUCUGGUCACAAAGCACCGGUCGUCGAUCUUCACAAGGCCUUUCCUUGGAUGAGCUCAGAAAAAACCUACAGUAUCCACCCAUUGACAGAAAUGGUUAUGUAUCUGACCCGAUGAGCACCAUGCGUUUCCACUCUUGCAGCAGUAAUGGCAGCUUCGAAGACAGUAACUGAGCAGUCGCUGGUAGACAGAAGCACCAAUCAGACAAGAAAUGUGCUCCUUUUUUGUAAAUGUAUUUGGUUUCCAACAGCCAGCAAGUCUGGACAUUUAAUGCUUUAAAGAUAAGUGAAACUGACAACCGGAACUCUCCUUAAAAUGGUCAGAUUCUUGACAGGGGUGCAGAUUAAUAAGUAUUUGAAUAAAUUAUUAAAAUUACAAAUGGUUACAUUAAGGCCUACUUGAGGCAAUAUUGAAAAAUGAUGACAUAUUUGGGAAUAAAUAUUGAGUGUGGCUUCUUCCUCCAUCCUUAAACUAAAGCGUUUCCCAUGGAGAAGUGUUAGCCAUCCAUUAACCCUGAGGUAUAUCAUUCCAAGCCUGUUCUAGUAGUGCUUUUAAAUGAGGGAACAAUAAGGCAAGACGGAAGAAAUUGAAUGACCUCACAAGCCAUAAACGAACAGUUGUGUUUUCUUGGUCAUAAAUCAUUAUCUUUUUGUACCAAAAACUGGAUAGACAUGGGGUUUAUGGCCUUUUUAAAGUAACCAUAGGUGGUCAUAUUGCCCUUCACAAGUACAACAGUUUUUUAUACCAUAUUUAAUAAUCCCAAAAAUCAAUAUACCAUGAAUCUGAAAAAAAUAAUCAGCUUAUUCUUUCUCUCCUGAGUAUCUCCUAAUCUUCAUGUGUCCAUCAGUCACACCAAGCCCAGAAAAGCUCACACCAG